AUGCACAAGCGUGUAUUACUUGAAUGGGUACGAAUUAUUGGACUUGAGAACAAAAAAGGUUGGAAAUAUGAUACCCUGUUGAACUAUUUGGCAACUGUGAUAAUUGAAUAUAAAGCUGAGAAUCAUUCCUUGCCGUUUACUUGGCCUACCGGUGCUGGGAAGUACAAAGGAAUCCCUGCAAUACGAGCCAAAGUUGGUUAUGAGUUUUGGAGAUAUUUUAUUAAAGAGGGUAGGAAGAAACUAAGUGAGUAUAACAAAAGUAAUGGCACACACAUCGCAAUCCUGAGAGAAUUGCCCUCAAGAACGAAGGAUGAAGACAAUUUAGGUUUGCUUCUGCGUAAGAAGAUUGCGGAUGUAUACAAGUGUGCUAAAAAAGAAGUCCCAGCUAUGUGUGUCAAAAAAGGAGUGCUGUCAAUUGGUCAAAAUAUAGAAAUGAAGUCUGCUGUAGCUGCAAUAAAGUUUGGUUUUGACUUACCGGAGUGGAAAGGUCUAACUUUUGUUGAAAUGUUAACUGGAGAUGAUCGUAAAGACUAUUUUGAAGGUCGUUUAAAAAGAGGCUCAAUGAUAUUACCUGGUUUUGAAAAUGGUACGAAUGUAAACGUGAGCAAGGAUAGACAAGCUGAAUCGGAUGGUCCGAGUGAAACUAAAAAGCGUAGUGGUGAUGCGCUUGAACAAACUAUCACCACGAAACUGCCUAAGUAA